UAUUGACACAAGGCAAUAAGGCAGAAUCUAUUGGUUUUAGAGGCUUGAAAUGACUGACCGAUAAACAUCGACUCUAGAACCAGAGGCGAGCCAACCAUUUGGUUCUUUGAAGAAGUAUUGGACGAAUCAGUGUCUGAAGGCUAUUUCUUGCUUAGGGAAUAUACUGUAGGAGUUGUAUCUUGUAGAUAAGUAAGAAAAUUCCUAGAAAGUGUCCGUAGUGGUAGCUUAAAAUAACCAAUCUCCGUAUCAAAAGGUGAAAAGUGUGUAUGUGUGCGUGUGUUUUCAAAACAAGCGAUAUUUUUUAGGAACAUAUAUUCGAUUUCCGAACUCUGGUCAUUGGUAUUUUCAGGAAAAAAUUAGAAUAUUGCGGAAGUGAGUUUAACAUGUUUAAUCUUUUCUGUUGUUGCCCUGUGACGUAAAAAUCGGUAUUCGUGUAUGUCUGCAACAAAUUUAAAUGCAAUAAGGCAAAUCUAAGAUGGAGAGAAAUGAGAUUGGGUGACGAGGGACAGGCAAUGUAAAUGAGGAUUUGUUGUAAUUAAUCGCUAGCAAUAAAUUGGUAAGGGCAGUGAUCCGGCGGUCCAGUUAGAUAAAGUGAACAGAGAGUUGGUCACAGAGACCCACUGCCAAAACUUUAAUCAAGAGUCGUCUACAAUUACCAUUCAGACCCGAAGUCAUUCGGGAUUUUUUGAAGUUUGAGUGGUUUAUAUUCAAACGGUGGCCAAGAAACACAAUUCACACAAGAGGAAGUAACAUGUGAAUUUGAUUAAUAUAAUUACCAGUAACCGAAACUAAUAGAUUUAUUCCAGUAAUGACUACUUCUAUAACAGGAUUGCCAAACAUAACGGAAAUGGCAUUUAAUGCCACUACAAAUGAACAAAGCACUUCUUUGCUCUCAGAAAAAACUGCCGAAUCACUCAAAGUGACAAGACUAGUUGUGAAACAAAUCUUAAUACCUAUCAUCGCAACCGCAGGAAUAAUAGGAAACAUCUUAAAUAUAAUUGUUUUACGGAACCGGAAGAUGCGCAGUUCUACAAACGUGUACCUAUCGGCCCUGGCUGUGUGCGAUAUGCUUUACCUGAUCUUUACACUAACGUUAUCCUUCAUUCACUGCAACACUGCUGAUCAGCCUAAAUCAGCCUUUCAUUUUGUACCCCGUGCCCGAGUUUUUUCGGAUUUAUUUGGGAAUACUGCCGUUUGGUUGACCGUCGCCUUCACAAUUGAAAGGUACAUCGGAGUUUGUCACCCCAUGCGUGGCAAAGUAUGGUGCACUGUUGGUAAAGCCAAGAUAUUGUCAGUCCUUGUUUUUGGAGUUUCCUUGGUAAACACUUUCCCGGAGUUUUUUGAAAUGGAAAUAGUGGAAUCAUUUUCAAAUGGAACAACUUCUUAUUCAUGUGAACAGACAUCUUUCGGAAAGUCAGAGUCUUACUCAAUUGGCUAUUAUUGGUGGUUCGUCACAUUCUUUACCUUUGUUCCGUUUGUCUUCCUGUUUGUUUUCAACAGUGUAUUAAUCAAAUCUGUGUGGAAAGCCAGCAAAAGAAGACAUCAAUUGUCUAAUUUCUCAGUGGUUGGAGAGAACUCGCGACAGCAGAGCGAACAGCAUAAGGUGACCACCAUGUUGAUUACGGUAGUACUGAUUUUUCUUUUAUGUCAGCUGCCUUGGACUGUACUUUUGAUGUACCGGACGUAUCUUGAUGCCAAUGAUCUAUUAAAAUCUCAGAUGACUUUCAUCCUUAUAUCUGGAAAUAUAUGUAAUUUGUUGGUGAUCAUGAACGCGUCGGGUAAUUUUUUGCUUUAUUCAUACUUCAGUAGCAGAUUUCGCAGGACAUUCGCUAAAGUAUUCUGUAGAUGGCGGAAGAUACAUAAAACGUCACGGGGAUCAACCAGUAGCACGUGGAAGUCCUCCAGAUAUGCCAGUAGCAGUACCGCAACUACUACGUCAUCGUGUCAUUCAAAACGAGGCACGCUGUCAAGGUCAAGUAAAGGCUUGAAAUAGCAGUUACUCUUAUACCUAACAUCCAAUCGCAAAAGCGCAAUCUGUUUAACUUGCUUUAUCAUGUGUGUCAAAUGUUGUACAAUUCUACUUAAUUUCUAAGACAUCUGUGAAACUUUUAUUUAUAACAAUUAAAUAUUAUGAGAGUAUAUUGUAUUCAAGCACAAAAAGAUGUCGUGCUGAUAUGUACGUUUCAAAUAGUACGUAUUUGCUUGAUAAUUAUCCAAUACAUUUUUUUUUAUCUUUUAUUAUUAAUUCAUUAAAGA